AUGAGUUCGGAAAUGGAGGCCAAGCUGCAGGAGCUCGAGUCGCGCCUUGCCGCCCUGGAGGGUACCGCAGGUGGUGACGAUGGCGUCCUUCCCUCCCGAAAGACCGGCGGGGACGCGCAGAUCAUGAAGAAGGUGGCCACCCGCCUGCAAGACUUCGAGUCGCAGAUCACGGCCCAGCUGGCGAACCUGCAGACCGACUUCGACAAGAAGCUCAGCCACGUCAAUCGUGGUGCGGCUGCAACCAAACCGGUGGAUGGUGCUGGGGGUGCGGCAGGCCUGGACACCAUGGCCGAGGACCUCGACCAGUUGAAGUACGACGUCGGUGAGCUCAAAGAUCUUCUAGGCAACAACAAGGGCGAAGUGAACCACAUCCGCCGCAUCGUGCUGGCUUGCGAGCGUGACAUGGAGGACUUCACAGCUGCCAUGGACGCCGUGAACGUGGACUUGGACGAGAUGCGCGCCCGUGUCGACGCCACCCACUCCAUCAUCACCUCCCGCCAACGUGUGGAGGCCACAAUGACGGCUGAGAUUUCCACCAUGCGCCUGGACAUCGGAGACAUCCAGGAAGCCUUGAAGAACCACGACAGCUGGAUGGAGGAUGUGUCGAACACGCUGCAGCAGAUGCAAGAGAAGGAGGAGAACUUGACAGAGGACAUCAUCAACCUGAAGAACGAGAUGAACACAAAGCUGGACACGAAGGUGGACAACGUUGCCUGGAAGGAGGCGAAUGACGAUUUGGAUGCAGCCAUCAAAACGGUCCGGGACAUGGUCUCCUCCUUGCGCCUGGACGUGGACGCGCGCCGCCGCAAGGUCGACGAGAUUUUGGCCACCAUUCGCCAUGACAUCACUGCGGUGGAGACCAACCUCGAGGAGUCGAAGGCGAAGAUCACCAGUGACACGGACCAGGCGGUGAAUGCCCUGAAUGGGCGCAUUGACUUCACCAACAAGGACGGGCGACUCGACAUGACACUCGAAGAGUCCACCACUGGCACAUCCCCCACGAACUAUGCCUAA